UAUGCGCCCAUUGAACUGCCUUUUGACAGCCAAACUCGGAAUUCCCAAAGCCGGCGCUUACGUUGUCAAUCGCCAAUUCCCACUUUCGCCUGUCUUAGUUUUCCAUUUUUCUUUACUCUUAAUUCGCCGAAGCGAUGAGUCUUUCUUCAUCGGCUUUUGCUAUCUCGGCACCCUCUUUCUCCUUCAAAGCUAGACGUCCUAAAACCCCUCUUCCUUCCAGCUUCCAAAACCCUUUGCGUUGCAACUCCACCCCUUCCGUUCCUCCGCUAUCCAGGAAGUUGCAUCCAGUGAAAGCAACUAUCCUGCAGGAAGACGAAGAAGAUGUCUUCGUAGAAAAAUCAUUUCGGACGACGAGUUUCCCAGGAAAUGGAAUUGAAGAAGUAGAGGAAUCUCGCGGGAAUUCAUCAUCUAGUAGUUUGGAGAAAUGGGUCAUCAAGGUUGAACAAUCUGUGAAUAUCUUCCUCACGGAUUCAGUUAUAAAGAUACUUGAUACGUUGUACCGUGAUAGAGAUUAUGCCAGAUUUUUUGUGUUGGAAACAAUUGCCAGAGUUCCUUAUUUCGCCUUUAUAUCUGUCCUGCACAUGUAUGAGAGUUUUGGUUGGUGGAGGAGAGCUGACUAUCUAAAAGUGCAUUUUGCUGAGAGUUGGAACGAGAUGCACCACCUGCUUAUCAUGGAAGAAUUGGGUGGGAAUUCUUGGUGGUUUGACCGGUUUCUUGCUCAACAUAUAGCAAUUUUUUAUUAUUUCAUGACAGUCUUCAUGUAUACCUUAAGCCCAAGAAUGGCAUAUCAUUUUUCUGAAUGUGUGGAGAGUCAUGCCUUUGAAACCUAUGAUAAAUUUAUCAAGGCCCAAGGAGAUGAGUUGAAGAAGAAGCCUGCUCCCGAGGUUGCUAUAAAGUACUAUACCGGAGGUGAUUUAUACUUGUUCGAUGAAUUUCAAACUGAUAGAGCACCCUGUUCACGAAGACCAAAAAUAGAGAAUUUGUAUGAUGUGUUUAUGAACAUCAGAGAUGAUGAAGCUGAACAUUGUAAGACAAUGAAGGCUUGUCAGACUCAUGGAAACCUUCGGUCUCCUCAUUCAUAUGAAGAAGAUGGCUUUGAAGACACGCCUGAUUGCAUGAUUCCUGAAGCAGAUUGUGAAGGCAUUGUAGACUGCAUAAAGAAAUCUUUAACACCUUCUCAAGUGAAGCAAAUCAGGACAGUUGAGAGAAAUAGAUGAUGAACUCAUGUGAGUCUACAAACAUAGUGUAAAAGAUGAAAUACAUGUAUAGUAUGAGCAUAAAAGAAAAUUGCAUAUCUCCCUCCAAUUUAUGGCUUUGAUUCAUAGUUAAUGUUUUCAAAUUUGUAUAUCCUCCCUGCUUAGGGGAAAGGUUUCCUGUUAGACAGGAGCAAUAACUAAAAAUGGCCUUUUCAUUUGUCAAAAUUUCUCUCGAGUGGGGAAAAUUACCAACGUUUUUUAAGGGUCUAAACAUUGGAAUUUA